AUGGAGUCCCGGCUAUUCCAGGAAUGUGCACGAAGGUUGAUCACACACGAGUGCCCAGGUUGGGACUCUGGAGAACUACAAAGGGUUAACAUCCCUGUUUAUAAAUAUACAUCGCGACAGGAAUUUACACCGGCUCAGUUAGCGGACUGCCCAGUGGUGCCUCCUUAUCUCUGCGGCGGUGCAAUGGAAAGCCGCGGCUUCCGCGAGCCUGAACGACCGAAAUGUAUGAGUUUCCCGGGCUUCUGUCUUCCAAAAGCCCGGAGUGCCCAGAUUUCCAAAAGAUGGGGUUCAGCUCUUGCGGGGAGCGAGAUCGAACGACAGCAAACAAGACUCCCGAGUAAAAGGGAGAAGGAGAAGAAACGAGAGAAGGACCGUCAGCGCUCGAAGCCCAGCACCGGCAGUACCAGGCUAGACCGUCCCACAGAGAACACCUACGUGCCCCGGCCGGCCAAAACCUUCUCAGCGCAAGAAGCGAGGGCCGCCAUUCGCUCGGUUCUGGAGAGCAGACUGAACGGUGCCAAGUACGAGCCCAGGGGCUCGGCGCUGGCAGCCGUGGAACUGGCCGAGUGUGUGAAGAAGGCGGUGAAAGCCUUGGGUUACGAGAGGUACAAGAUCGUAUGCUACCUGGUGCUUGGGGGGACACGAACUUCCGACCUAUCAUGUUCAAGCAGAGGGGUCUGGAGUCCAACCGUGGACACAUACGCGGAAUUUUGCUUCCAGAACGAUUCGCUCUUCGCACUCUGUCUGGUGUUUGCUUUGUACCACGAAUAAUAUUCCACAAACUCCUGUCAAUCUAUGGUACUGUACUCUGGUGAAAUGGUAGGGAAGAAAAUCUUACGUCCGAAUCCUGAAAAAAGGAACUUUUAUGGACUUAUUCAUUCGACUUUCCCAUGGUCGCCUGCAAGCUUGUAAAAUUUAACAGCGAGAGACGCGUAUUUGAAUAGACACAGAGGGACUGUCAUAGAAGCUGAAGAUUGAAUAGCAAAAGUGAAGCACCCAGCAACUAGGGGCGUUAUCAAAGUCAACUCUAGUCUAUUGUCAUAGGGACAAGUACAGGUGUGCACAGGUGCAAAGAGAAGUUGACUUGCAGCACCAUCACAGGCACAUAGCUUCAGAUAAGCGGCAGUCACAAGAAAACCAUAGAUUAUACACUACCUUUGCAGGGGGAAAACCAUAUAGAUUAUACACUACCUUUGCAGGGGGAAAACCAUAGAUUAUACACUACUUUUGCGGGGGGGGGGGAACCAUAGAUUAUACACUACUUUUACAGGGGGAAAACGCAAUUAGAACAAAUAAAACGUCCAGUUAAGUGCAAAAUGAUCAGAGUGGUCUUAGUGUUAUUAAACUAGUGGUGGUUAGCGUUUUCCCGGUUGUUUCAAGAACCGAGUGCUUGAAGCGAUGUUGUUAUUCUUGAACCUGUUGGAAUUUCGGGCUUCCGCGCCUCCGGACCGAUGGUAAAAGGUGGCACAGACCCAUAAGGAGGGGCCUUUGACGAUAGAUGUUGCCUGCUUAAGGCAGUGCCUACUUGUUGAUGCACCGGGGGGGGGGGGGGAGUGAUGUGCCCGUGAAUGCGCUGCUCUCUGUAUCUUCUUUACAUUCCCACGCAUUCGAAUGACCGUACAACAUUAGGACGCAACCUGUCAGGAUACGUUAAAUAGUGCAUCUGCAGGAGUUUAUCCGGGGCUCAGAAAGCAAUCAUAGUUACAUCUUGCAUUUAUUAUUUACGUAAUUUAAAUGGUUUUUUUUACAUUGAAGAGCUAAAUUCACCCCAACAUCUCACCUCCUUUCAAGAUUUACCUACAAACAAAAAAAAAUUCGAAAGCCAGCCUUGGUUUAUAUAUAGUUUUCGUAAAUUGUGUUGUAUUUCAUUAGUUUUCUGUAAAUGUCUCCAAGAAAAUGAAUCUCAAUAUAGUAAAUGGUGACGUACUUCGUUAAUAAAUUAACAAGUCUACUUUUGAACGCCUACACUGUAUUACGUAUCCAUGUGAAUCGCGUGAGCGGUCUAUGAUUUGCGGUCUACAUGAUUUCCUCUUCAGAUCUGCCCAACCCCACAGUCCCCCACUUCUGAACGGGCUUCUGCCCAGAGGAAUGUUGUUGCUUAGAAAGUAGCUACUGCCCCGAAUCUCGUGCCGUCAACCGGGCAGGAAAAUUGGCAAAAACGCGCUCUACGCUCCUUCUGUGACAUCUCCAGCGUGUUCCGUGAUCAAACGAAAACGGUGGAGGGCCUGUAGAACCCUCGGCGGCCUUCUGAUUUACAGAUGUUUCUUACUGAACAGUUUAAACUGAAACGGCAACUGGAGCGGCACAGUAGCAUUUCACAUACCGGGUCAUUUAUAAAAAUCACAAAGAGGAGGGGUCCCAGAACAGAUCCCUGCAGAACACCACUGGUCACUGACCUCCAUGCAGAAUACGAACCAUCUACAACUACAUUUUGCCUUCUGUGAACAAGCCAAUUCUGGAUCCACAAAACAAGGUCUCCUUGGAUCCCAUGCCUCCUUACUUUCUGAAGGAGCCUUGGAUGGGGCAUCUUAUCAAAUGCCUUACUGAAAUCCAUAUGUACUACAUCCACAGCUGUACCUUCAUCGAUGUGUCUUGUUAAAUCCUCAAAGAAUUCAAUCAGUCUCAUAAGGCAUGACCUACCCUUGACAAGGCCAUGCUGACUAUCCCGAAUCAGAUUAUGUGAUUUCCAGUAUAUAAACAUUUUAAUCUAUAUCACAAACAAGAGAAAAUCUGCAGAUCUGGAAACCCAAGCAAAACACUCACAAAAUGCUGGAGGAACUCAGUCCUGUCGAAACGAAACAUCGACUGUAUUUUUUUUUCCAUAGAUGCUGCCUGGCCUGCUGAGUUCCUGUAGCAUUUUGUGUGUGUUAUUUUAAUCUAUGUGCAUUUAUUAAGGGGAGAAAUUUUACACAUUAGUGAGCAAUGUUACACGACAUUUGGAGGAUUCAUAGAAUAUAGAUUAUAGAAAUCUACAGCACAUUACAGACCCUUUGGCCCACAAUGUUGUGCGGACCAUGUAACCUACUCCAGAGACUGCCUAGAAUUUCCCUAGCAUAUAUUUUGCAAAGUUCCAUGUACCUAUCUAUGAGGCUCUUAAAAGACCCUAUUGUAUCCGCCUCCACCACAACCACCAGCAGUGCAUUCCAUGCACCCACCACUCUCUGUGUGAAAAACUUCCCAUUGACAUUCCCCUUGUACCUACUUCCAAGCACCUUAAAGCUAUGCCCUCUCUUUUUAACCAUUUCAGCCCCGGGAAAAAGCCUCUGGCUAUCUACACAAUCAAUGUCCCUCAUCACCUUAUACACCUCAAUCAGGUCACCUCUCACCCUCUGUCGCUCCAAGGAGAAAAAGCCAAAUACACUCAACCUACUCUCAUAAGGUACACCAUCCAAUCCAGGCAACAUCCUUGUAAAUCUCCUCUGCACUCUCUCUAUGGGCUCCACAUCCUUCCUGUAAUGAGGUGACCAAGUGGAGUCUGACCAAGGUCUUGUAUAGCUGCAACAUUUCCUCAUGGAUCUUGAACUCAAUCCCACAGAGAUCGUUAUGUAAAUCAACAGUUAACAUUGAUUUAACAUAAGCGCAUAGAAACUGGAUGUAGAUAAAACCCUAUGUUGAACACUUAUGAAGUGGUGGGUGAAUCAAGCAUUCAACAGUAGACUAACUGUUUAGUGGGAACAUCGAGUUGGAUACUUAUUGGUUACUAAAUGUGAUUGAAGCAACUAGUCUUCAAUGCUUUAUUCGUUGGACAAUAACUCCCUCCUUGCACACUGAAUCCUAUAGGUAGGCAAAAUUAGUAAAAUCAGAUAAAUUUGAGAUUGAAUCUGGCCUUUCUACUUUAGAUACUUACUGUUUGUUAUUAAGUUCUCUAAAUAAAUCAUUCCUAAAUAAACUUGCAAUCUUUCCUAUUCCAUUUCCCAUAUUAGCUCA